AUGUCCCGCAUCCCUCUCCCCUCGUCCCCCUCGAUCCAGCUUAACGGGACCCCAAACUCCAAGGACACGAGCACCGGUAGCACCAUGUCAUCGUCGUCGUCGUCGUCGUACCUGAACAGUCCUUCGUCUCGCGUCGGGGCGGGAGCGGGCACGCGCGCUUCGUCUUCGUCAGUCUCUGGCAGAGUUGGGUUGGUGGGCACUGAUGGUGAAGCUGAUUAUGGCUUGUUGUGCCGUUCAACAGCGAUGCAGGUUUGGCGGAUACGAGGAAACGAGUGAGCAAGAAGGAUGAGGUCAGUGUUACGUUUUUCCUUCUUCGUCGGGUCGUCGGAGCGAGGUGGGGUUGGUUGAGUGACAUGCGGGCGAACAGUCUUCGCUGGGCGCCGAAGGGAGCGCGGCGGGCUGAGCAGGCAUGUUGCAAGGUGGACGUGAUGAUGCGGUGAUAUGGAGUGGUUCGAUCAGCGCUGUCGGAGAACAUGCUCGGCAUCGGACGUACAUCGCCUCGUGUACAGGUGCGCUGCCUCGGCCGCCACGCCCGCAUCUGAACCCCUCCUCAAGGGCCCGACCUCAAUCGGCGGGCGCUACCACGGAAUAUUGACGUGUUCACCUCGGGAUAUGACGGACUGUAUGAUGGAAAGGGACCUCAUCAGGUGACACAGUGCGCCGUGACUGGCAGUGGAGUGGAGUCACGCCGAAACCAGUCCUCAUCAGAGUACGCGUCGCGACCAUGGGCUUGUCCUCGCUGUGCGAGACUUGUUAUACCCGAUGAUGGGGUCGCGGGCCUGUUCUAGACUACGGCGGCAUUCUUGCUCUUAUCCUCCCGGCUCGUGACUCUGAUUGACUCACACGCUCCUAGAGCUCGGCGUGGAACGUCCACAUCCGUCGCCGUUUCCGAGCACCAGUAGCUGACUACCCGCCCUCCUCUACAGGCCAUUCGCAAGAAGAUCGAAUCUGAAUUAAACCGCAAGCGACCCGGGGCCAAGCGUAGUCAGCGAUCCCAACAUGGUAGCAACGGCGCCGGUGGCGGCACGAUGUCGCGUCCCAAACCGGGCACUGUCUCGGCCCUUCGACCGCUUCCCGCGUUGACUGUCCCUCAUUCGAUCAGCGUCUCGGACGCGAGUCAGCUUUGCGCCGCCAAGCGCACGGAUUGUGUUCUCGUCGUUGAUGAAGAGGAACAUCUCUGCGGUAUCUUUUCGGCCAAGGAUCUCGCCUUCAGGGUCGUUGGCGAAGGUCUCGACCCUAGAAAUACGCCCGUCAGCGCCAUCAUGACCCCGAACCCCAUCGUCACUCGCGAUUCGACUUCGGCUACCGAAGCGCUCGAGACGAUGAACGCUCGUCACUUCCGUCACUUGCCCGUCUGCAACGAAGACGGCGACGUUGUCGGUCUGCUCGACAUCACCAAGGUCUUCCACGCCUCGUUGGAGAAGCUCGAGAAGCAGGCCGGGACUUCGGACGCUCUCGCUGCUGCUGUCGAAGGCGCUCAGGAGCAGUUUGGUGGCGCUUCGAACCCCAUCCUCGCGUAUAUCCAGGCGCUCCGCGACCGAACCAAAUCGAGCGACCUCGGCAGUAUCCUCGACCCUCGUACGCUCUCCGCGACCGUGGGCGUCAAGACGACCGUGCGCGAAGCGGCGAGGUUGAUGCGUGAGCUCCGGACGACAGCCGUCUGCGUCAUGGAAGAAGGUGGACGCAAGAUCGCCGGUAUCUUCACGAGUAAGGACGUCGUUCUCCGUGUCAUCGCGGCCGGUUUGGACCCCAAGACGUGCAGCGUCGUGCGCGUCAUGACGCCCCACCCAGACGUCGCCCUUCCGACUUACAGCAUUCAGGAUGGUCUUCGCAAGAUGCUCGACGGUCGUUAUUUGAACCUCCCCAUCGUCGACGACGAAGGUUCUUUGCUCGGUAUCGUCGACGUGCUCAAGUUGACGUACGCCACGAUCGAGCAGCUCAACUCGAUGGAAGCCGAGAACGGCGCCGAUUCAGGCAAUGGCCCUCUGUGGGGUCGUUUCUUUGGUGCCGCCGCCGAUAUCCAAGACGACGAUACCGAGUCGAUGGUUUCGGCUGCGGGUAUUUCGGAGUCACCUUCGCAGCAGUUCCAAACCCCCGUUCGACCGGGUCAUCGCUCGCACAACAGCAUGGACACCCCUGGAUCCGAACUCUUCCCGAACGACUCGGCCUCGGCCGUUGGUGAUGGCAACUCGGACGUUGGUCGACGAGGUCCCGGCCAAGCCUCUUCCAUCGGAGCUGCCACCGCCGCUUCCGCGAUUGCCGAUGAUGGAACUUAUUUGUUCAAGUUCGUCGCUCCCGGUGGAACGACGCAUCGUUUCCAAGCGCGCUACGAUUCGCACGAGUUCAUCACCGACAUCAUCGCCGGUAAACUUGCUUCAGACCCAUUCUUCUCCUCUUCUACUUCCACGACAACAGAAGAAGGAGUCGUCCAAACCCCCUCCGCCGAUCCAAGGGAUUUCAAGCUUUCCUACACGGACGAUGACGGUGAUCUAGUUCUGAUGACCGCCGAUCGGGAUGUCCAAGACGCCGUUUCAGCCGCUCGUAAACAAGGCAAAGAUCGCGUCGUCGUUCAUCUCACAGGUGGGAAAGGAUGGGACGAGGAAUUGGCGAGACGUGCGGCGGUCCAACAACUGAAUACGACAAGUCAGAAAGUCAAGAAAGCUUCCCCUCUCGGAGCGCUCGACGAAGUCACCGAGGACGAUGCGGAAGAGACCGUCGUGGAGGACGAGGAUGAAGCUGCUGCUUCGGCAGCGGCGUUGAAACGCAAGCAGAAGAAAAAGGUUGCUCCUUCGGGUGGGGAUGAGCUCGUGUUUGGUUUCCUCCCCAAGGAUCUCUUGUUACCGGCUAGUAUUGGGUUCCUCGGGAUCGUCAUUGUCGGCGUUUUCGCGGCCUCAAAGGCGGGUGGACCGGCCGCGGGUCGAUAG